AUGAUGAUGUUGAUGUUAUAUGACGAUCAGAGAUCGCACACCUCGCAAAGGAGUCAGAAUAUUCUCUCUUCCUUUAAUCAUAAUAACUUAGAUACUUUAUAAAAUACGUAUGAACACUUUGUCAAGAUGACUAUUAUUCUAUUUUUAAUUGAUACGAGUGCUUCUAUGAAUCAAAGGACUUACUUAGGGGCACGUCCAACUUUAUUAGAUGUAGCUAAGGAUGCGGUGGAAAGAUUUAUUAAGAUAAGGCAAAGAGAUUCAGCUAGUAGGGGAGAUCGCUACAUGUUGCUGACUUUUGAAGAGCCUCCUGCAAAUAUCAAAGCUGGCUGGAAAGAAAGUUUGGCCACUUUCAUGACGGAACUCAAGAAUUUGCAAUCUGUUGGAAUGACUACUCUUGGUGCUGCAUUGAAAUAUGCAUUUGACUUACUGAAUAUAAAUCGAAUGCAGACGGGUAUCGAUACUUACAGUCAGGGCAGAUGUCCUUUCUAUUUGGAACCAUCGAUCAUAAUUGUCAUCACUGAUGGUGGACGCCUCUCUACUACACUCGGCGUCCAAGAGGAACUAAAUCUUCCUAUGCACUCUUCUGUUCCUGGAUCUGAACUGACAAAAGAGCCUUUUCGGUGGGAUCAGAGACUUUUCUCCCUCGUCCUCAGGCUGACUGGAAUCCCCCCUGCUGACAGAGAGCCCUCUUCCGUCGUCCCUCCCGAUAAUUCCCCUGUUGAUGCAAUGUGUGAUGUAACAGGAGGUCGUUCUUAUGCCGUUAUAUCACAAAGAAUGUUAAUGCAGUGUUUAGAAUCACUUGUUCAGAAACUACAAGGGGGUGUAGUUAUCAACUUUGAAAAGAUAGGCCCUGAUCCCCCACCACUGAAUGGUGAAGAAAUGGUAGAAGAGAGAAGUACUUUAAAACCUGCCUCACCAAGUUUAAAUCCACCCACUCCGGCUCAAAAUGGGAGGUCUAGUCCUGCUGUUUUUAAUAUGAGCAACAAUGCAUCUUGGCAAUCUUGUCGUAAGCUGAUCUAUGUACAGAGGUCUGCUCAAAAAGGCUACACUGUUGGCCACUGGCCACUUCCUGAAUCAUUUUGGCCUGAUCAAAGCAGUCCUGCAUUGGUAAAGGAACUCCCACACACAAGCUCUUCAUUUUAUUAUUAUUAUAGAUGUAUAGAAAAUUUUGUCUUUCAUAUUUUUAAUGAUAUUUAUAUUCUUCAGGUAUUUGUGAGCAGCAGCUACAAAAAUAGUGAUGUAGAUUAUCCUUUUGGCUACCUGAAAGCUAGUACAAGCCUCACUUGUGUCAAUUUGUUUGUUAUGCCUUACAACUAUCCUGUUUUACUACCUCUCUUAGAUGAUUUGUUUAAAGUUCAUAGGUGCAAACCUCCAAGAGAAUGGAAACAGCAGUUUGACAAUUAUCUGAAAAAUAUGCCUUUGUAUUAUGCAGCUCCUCUUAAGCGAGCUUUACAAAGAAUGGGUGCUCCUAACCUCGUGCCCGAUACUAUGGAAAAUUGCUUGAGUUAUAGUGUUUUGAACUAUUUAAAAAGGCUAAAAAACCAGGCUAAAACUGAAUUUGAAAAACUAAUCUCGACCGUUGGAACCAAAAAGACUAUUUCAGACGGAAUUCGCGUCAAUCCGGCUCCCCAGCGCCCUUUUGGCGCCUCAACUAAACUAUCUGAAAUGAACUUGACGCCACAUUUAGUAAUGAAUGACAGAUUUACUGCUUUGAAAAAUGAUAUAAAUGAUUUUAACCAUUUUGUUUUAUACGUUAAAGACAAAGAUAUUAAACAUGAAAGUUAUCGAAAUGCUUAUGAUAUACCCAGAAAUAAUAUUUUGGAUCAGCUAGCAAGGAUGAGAUCUAACUUCCUACAAUGUUCAUUGAGCCACACACGACUUCAAGAUGAAGAUCAGAUGCACAGUCUGCCUGUGAGUCAAAUGGGAAAUUAUCAAGAAUACUUGAAACGUUUCACUCCCCCAUUGAGAGAAAUUGAAUCCAUCCCAGUCCGUCAGCACAUGUUCGGUAAUCCUUUCAAAAUAGAUAAGAGAAUGAUGGUGGAUGAAGCUGAUAUUGAUCUUGUUGGUGGAGGUGGUGGGGGAAGCUCUCCAGUGAGGGGGCAAAAGCGAAUGUUAGACUCCCCCAUAGGGUCACCUAAAGCUAAACGCAAGCCUGGACCUUUGCCAAAAGAUUUUCCCGUUUGGAGGCCCCAAAGCCCCACCCCCGUUUCCCACAAUUUAAACAAUUUAUCACCUGACGUUAAUAUUUUACCCUUUAAUCCUGCAAAUGACACGGAUGAUGAACUUUUUAUUAUAGAAAAAGAGCGCCAUGCUCCUCCACUGACACACAUGGAUGAUGGGCUGUUCACAUGGAAUAAUAAUACAGAUAUGCAAGUCAUGAACCAUGUCAACUCACGCAAUGCUGUGGACCACGAGGAGGACGAUUUGUGGGACGAUGAAGACCCCGGUCUGGACCUAGCGCCGCCCACUCUAAAUUGCGUGAAUGAUGUAAAACAUAUUUUCCAAGAUACACUUUUUCGGACUGAAAUCGUACGCGUCAGAAGCUCUUUAUUUAAGGAAGUCCGAAAACCAGGAAGGAAUUUCACUCAACUGUUUCGUCAGCUGGAAGCUGUGGACAAUAAUUUAGAUUUUCAAAUAUACAUGGUUAGAGAGGUCAUUAAUGAAGCUUUUAGGUUCAAAAGAAAGUAUUUAAUUAAACUACUGGAAGAUUUUGAACAGAGUCUACUGCAAACUUCUAAACUACCCCCUCAUAUUGAACCUCCCACCUAUUCAAGAUAGCAUUAUACAUUCAUUUUUGAUCUUCGUUUACAGCCUUAAAAUCAUUUCAUAGAGAAAUUAAGAUGUCAUUUGAUGUUUCAGAUGUUGAUGUUUUUAAUGUAUAUAUAUAUUUAAAAAAAUUUCCUUUGUUUUCUGGAAGUGAAUUUGGUGAGCAAUAGAAACAAAUAUAUACAGGGUGUUCGAAAAGUAUUGAAGCCUUUAAUUAUCAUGAAAAAAAUAGGCAUUGGAUAAAAAAUCUAAGAACACCAAAUUUAAUAUUUUUAAGUAAUGCAGGUAACUAAACUUGACCUCCUAAACAAACCCCUUAUUGGUGGUCAAGGGCAACUUUAAAGGGAAGCCCCUGUUUUUUAUUGCCAAUUUUUAAUUUUCCAGAAAAGACUACUUUAAUAAGCUUUUCUGAUCUUUGCAUUUUAGUUAUGAGGUGAUGCUCUUAUCUUAUAAUCUAAAAAAAAAAACUUAUUUUAAAUAGAUGUGAAAGAUCAAAAACUAACUGCGGCAACCCCAGGGGUGGGGCCAAGUUUUGGGGCAGGGGUCAAAUUUUGUGCAAUUAGUUUUUCAAAAUAUCAAACAUAACUAUUUAUAUUAUUAAUCAACUAUUAAUCUACCGUAUAUUUCUUAGGAUCUUCAUUUUAUAUCAUUUAACCUCAUUUUCAUUUUGCGAUUGCAGCACAGUGUGUAAACUGAAAAGCAAAGAACUAAAUCAAAGUGGAAUAUUUUUUCUGCUUAAUUUGAAGUCUACAAUAGAAAAAUGAGGGUUCCCGUUUGAAAUUUUAAAGUAGUUUGGAAGGUCAAGCUUUUUCCAAUUAAGUUAUAUCUCAGACAUUUAUUAGGGGAGAAUUUUUUUAUUAUUUAUUUUGUACUAUCUUAAAGCUUUUAAAUCUCAAACCCAUUAUUAUUGGUAUAAUCAUUUAAUCUGAAGAUUAAGACUCCUAAUUUUUUCUUUAAAUAUUUCUGAUUUUUCUUAACAUGCAUUCAUCUGUUCAACAAAAACUGACCCGUGUAAAUAAACGUUAAGAAUAUAUGUAAGUAAAAAAUUUUAUUUAAAUAUAGUUUACAAACCUGACAUAGUGAACAUUUUUUCAUCAUUUCUAAGUCCUGUUUCUCUACCCCCCCCCCAACAACUAAUUUCAAUGAGCUAUGUAUAAAAAGAAAUGUUCUAUAUCUUUUCAUUACAUUGGGAAUAAAAACUCUAAAAAAAAUUUGAUUUUCUCCUUUUUAGUUAUUUGUAAAGGAAAAGAUGACAAAAGAUAAUUUAAAAAUAAUUGAGAUUUUUUUUUAUUUUUAAUUUCUUUACUGGAAAAGAAAUACGAAAAAAUUUAUCGAUGUCAAAACUAAUAUGUUUUUAUUCAAAAAGUAAUAUCCAAAAGGUGCUUCAGUUAGAAAAAGAGUUUGAUAAAGGAACCUCUUCUUUAUCAUUCCUUUUUUAGAGAAAUGCAUUAAUGCUAAAUCAGUUUUUGAAAAAAAAAAUGUUUCUUAGUGAAAAGAAUGCAUUAGUUUCCUUUUUAGAAGAAUGCAUUAAUGCUAAAUCAGUAUUUGGAAGAAAAAAAAUCUUUUUCUUAAUUAACCCCACCCUUAUUACAGAAUCUUUUUUUUUCUUUUUUACAUCUUUUCUCAUUACAAGUCAGAAAUCUAACUGUGCACUUACUGAACUCCAAAAUAUGCCUGAUAUAUAAAGUUAAAUCCUGUUGCUGCUCCUAUUCUAGAAAAUAUUGCAAGUUUAUUUAGUGUAUUGUAAGCUUAUUAUGUGUUAUAAAUUAACUAUUAUUUUGUGCCUAAAAUGACCUGUCAUUCUUGAAGUUGUCUGAGGGGCUCAACAUUGUGUGUUAUUUGGGUUUCUUUUACAAACAUUUUCUUACAUUAUUGUAACAGAUGAUCUUAUUUUUUCCCUUCUCAGAGAAGAGGCUUACAUCUGAGUAACAAAAAAUUCCUCAAAUUGCAUAAAUUUUGUGUAAAAUAAAAACUCUUAGUUUUCUCUUUCAUUAUCUAAAAAUAAGAAAUAAUAAAGUCAUAUUGCACUCUAUUUUCCAGAUUACAAUCAAUCCUUUUAACGAUUAUUAUUGUGUUAAUUUAGUAAAUUGUGAAAAUAGUUUUUAAAUUCGGGGGUUAUUAGCUAAUAUUAGAUUGCAUAGUUUUCAUACACUUCAAAACUUAAACGUUUUUAAAUAGAUCAAUUAAAAAUGAUAAAUCUUAAUUCUUAAAAUCUCAAACGUGCGAUGGUAUAACUUUUGGGAUCGUCCACUAGCUAUUUAUCGUUCAUAUUUAAAAUCUUGCUUGAGUCUGUUGGUUAUUUUAUAAGAAAAAAACUCAGCAUUUUUGCUGUCAAAAUUUUUUUCUUAAUGUGUUCGAUUGUUAAUUGGAAAUUGAUGUCAAAAAUAAAACUCAUUAACAUUA